AUGGCAAGGCCUGGCGCUGGAAAGACGGCUACUGGAGAAGCUGUCAUCGCAGCAUUUCCAGAUGUUCCUAUUGCGGUUGUGACCUACUCUAAACGACUCCAACUGGACAAUGCGGAACGACUUGCUAUAUAUCCGAACGCAGACGUCUUCACCUUUCACGGUCUUGCCGGUCGCCUUUUUGGGCAGCUGGUCCCAGACCACAUUGCGCUUCUAAAUCUUCGGAUGAGCGGUGCUUUGCCUGUAUGGGCGCCAAACUACGAAAUUCUUAUUUUGGACGAGCUCCAAGACUUGACGCCAGACCUAUACUGGUUUACUUGUGUUCUCAUAGCUACCAUUACCCGUCGACUCAGGAGGGCACCUCGUAUUAUCAAUCUGGGUGACCCGCGGCAGGCCAUCUACCAAUUCCGAGGUGCCGAUGCACGAUAUCUACAGCUAUCGGAAACCACCUUCUCCACCCUGUCGCCAUAUGGGUGGCAGGAUACUCGACUUGCCAAGAGCUUUCGUCUAUCUUAUGAGACAGCAGGCUUUGUCAACGCAUUCAUCGGAGAGAAGUACAUUGAGGGGUCGCAUAGUGGACCAAAACCACUCUACGUUCUCGCCGACAUCUUCAAAGCCCACCAACUCCUCAAAGUCAUCUUGCCGCUGAUCAAGCAGUACGGGCCUGCACGGUCGGCCAUUAUCGCCCCUUCUGUUCGCCACAGCCCUUUCCUACCCUUAUUGACCAAUGCCUUGACCAAAGGCCAUGGGAUCCCAGUUGCUAUUCCUACCUCGGACGAUGCACCAUUGGACCCCGACGUUUUGUAUGGAAAGGUGGUGGUCGCGACCUACCAUCAGUUCAAAGGGAGUGAGCGGGACUUGGUCAUCGUAUACAGGGUCGAUGAUGGGUACUUUCAGGUUUUAGGACGCGAUCUUCCCGAUGAUCGUUGUCCUAAUGCUAUGUUUGUUGCCCUGACGCGCGCCAGCAAGCAACUGGUGGUCAUCCAAUCACAAGAAAACCCAGCCGUGCCGUUUAUGUCUUGGGAAGCAAUGAAUAGGACGGCUAAAUUUAUCAAUCUGACAUCAGAGGAUCCGAAACCUCAACGUCCACCUGGAAGAUCGUUACAACUAGGUCUCCUACUCCCCCGAGAGAUCUUUGUUACCGAUGUAGUACGCCAUGUAGACCAUGAGGUGGUCGAGGACCUGGUAAAGCGGUGUCUACGCAUCGAAAAAGUUUCAACGCCUUUACCAGAAUCGCGUUGUAUCAACGUGGUAGACAAGGUGCUAACCGACGUUGCAAAGAAUCAUUACGAGACCGUCAGCGAUUUAAGCGGUCUCGCCGUUACCGCUGCUUUUGAAUGGGAUUUAAUAGGCCAGUGCUCUACGUAUCGAAAGAGUCCGGAUCGAUUGUCGCAGAUUCCGAAGGAUGCCACAAAACGCGCACGAUGGUUUGCAAAGGAGGCAGCCAUCUACCACGCACAAGCAUCCGGAUAUCAAUCUCGGCAUUUACAAAUGAAGAGACACGCAUUUGACUGGCUUGACGGACAUUUGGAUGCAACGACACAGCGCCUAGCCGAACAGAUCAAGGAUUUAUCCCGCGUCAGAUUCGAGGUGCUGCUGAAAGACAAGUUCACAGUGGAGGAGAAGGAAAACAAACUUCAGCCGCUUCAGACCAUACAUAUCAGUGGUCGCGCAGAUAUCCUUCUUACCGCGCCGACUCGACUUCAGCCAUCGGCCAUCUGGGAGAUCAAGUUUGUCAGCGCACUCCUUUUAGAGCACGCCAUCCAACUCGCCAUCUACGGUUAUCUCUAUUAUGCAAAGGCCCCGACGAAAAAGCGCAAGAAACCGCCGUUUCCUGAGCUUUGGCUGUUCAAUGUUCGGAAUGGUGAAAAGUGGAGAGUCGUGACGGAUAUGGGAGCAGUAGGAAAACUCAUCGAGGGCUUGUUACGGGCGAAAUACACGUCCAAAGGCGAGAUACCGACACAUUCCUUUCUGAAACAGUGCGAGAAGAUCCAAAAGGAGGUAGAAGACCUAGAAAUAUGA